AUGCAAGAUAAAAAUUCCAAAGUAUAAUAGAAAUUACGAAAAGUGAUUCUCUGUAAAAGCAAGAAUUUCCGAAUUAUAGAAAUGAAUGUUUCGUUGUGCAAACAGACUUACCAAAUGUCAUUAUAUUAAAUUUUGUAGGUGUAUAAAAGGCAGGUUACAGAAAUGUCAUUAGAAAUUCUAAGAUUGAAUAUUCGCGUAAUCGCUUGGACGUAGAUGGAGCCAAAAGUAUGUGGACAUCGGUCAUUGUGUUUUACAUAGACAAACGGGGGCAUGUUUCGCGCGGCGGACAGAAUUUCUUGUGACGAAAAAGAAGAAAAGACGGUGUAUCGCAAUCAAAACCCGAUACGUGAUAUACGACACAGGCUGCGACACGCAUAUAUAUUUGUUAUAACUGUAGUGUUCGAUAUCCUGUAUGUUACACAUUGUCGAGUUUCACCGGACGCACGUAGAAUGCGUUUGUCCUCACGGAAUGAAAAACAGCUUUCGCGAUGAACAACAAUUUACGUAGAGAGAAACACGUUCAUUUUUUAUAUAUAAAUCGAUUUUAAAAAUUUCAUUGAAGAAUAAGAUAUUGAAAAUCAAUCUCGCAAAGAUACAAUAUUUAAUUGUUAGUUAUGCAAAUAUAUGUCUUAAAAAUUGGACUUAACAGUAAUGGCGGAAAAUGUUUGAAAUUUGUAUUGAACGAGAUGUCUUGAAUUAUUGAUUCAAGAAUCAGUUGUCUUUUGCCACACAAUAUUUAUUUGUUCAAUAAUAAUAUAUAUAUUAUAUAUUAUAUAUUAUAUUAUAUUGGAUGUAUGUAGGUAUUCAAUAAUAAUAUAUUAUAUUGGGUGUAUAUAAUAUAUUAUAUUGGAGGUAUACAGGAUGUCCCAUUUUAACUUUAUAAAAUCCAUUAUAUGAGAGACCAGGAAGAACAAGGGCAAUAUCCUUACAUUUAUACUGUUAAUUUUUCAACACAGAUAAGUUAAAACCUUUUCAUAGGGAAUGGUCUAUCGCAUCGAUUGACAAAAAAAAAAUUACAUAGUUCUGUUUAAAGAAAUGGUAUUGAUCUUCAUAUUUCCUUUACGCGUCCACCUAGAAACAAAUUGACUGUAUUAAAUCACUUAAUAUAUAGUAGAUUAAAAUGUAUAAUAUUGAAAGAGAUUUUUCUGAAGAUUCGUAAUAUUUCAGGCAAGCUAUUUGUUAAGAGUGUUCAGCAUGCAAGUGGCCAAAUAUUGUGCAGACUCAUCGAUGCCGGAUUGCAAUAAAAAUUUAUUGGUUACUGGGAUGCGGAACUUGGCUAACAUGGACAAUAAUGUUCUUGAUAGAUUGGAUCCGUAUCAACGUAACGCGAAAGAACUUACUAUCGGCGAUAGCGAUAUAAAUGGAAUAGCAGAAGAAACAAUGGCAACAAACAAUUAUAUUCGACCAUCCUCAGAGCACACUGGCGGCCCUUAUCUAGUUGGACCAAUGGUAAUUCGAGUGUAUCCGGAUGGUCGACCAGUUCCAGAAGAUUCGACACGCUCCCUACCUCGAGACGAAGAUGCGGAAGAAUUCAGGCACUCCCGAAUACCCUCAGUCGAAGAAAUUGAAACUGACAGUGAAUUCUAUGAGAAACGAUUGAAAGGAAACUCGUUCACAAAGACCAAUAGUCAUCGACGGUCUCAAGAAGAAUCUGCUCAUUUCCGAAACAAUUAUCCACCAUUUAAAAGACGAUUAUCUGAAGAAAUGAAUGCAAAGCGUAAGAUACAGUAUCAUUGAAAGGGAAAUGUUUCAAUUAGCGUUAAAGAGUUGAAAAAUCUCAUUAUAGAAUAGGUAACUAUGAAAUUUGUUGAAUGUUGAAGUUAAAAAUAAUGACAAAAUAGAAAAAUAUGUUUCUGUUUCUAAAAAAGAGUCGAAAACUAUCGAAAAGUAUAGGAAGAUAGUCGUAGAUAUAUAGGUAAUAAUGAAAUUUACUUGAUAAAUGACAUGUUGAAAGUCUUAAAGUGGUAUGGAGAGUAAUGUCUUUAAUAGGUAUAAUGAAAAUAUUUUAUAAGGGUUCAGAUCAGUUUGUAUAUCUUUUUAUACUCAAAGUUAUUGUGGUUAUUUUUUUGUAGUUGUGAAAAACUGGUCUUUCAUAAAAUAAGUAACUAAGAAUUGUUUAACCUAGAUAAUAAUUUGAUGAUUAAUUCUUGACACAAGAGUUAAUAUUUCAAACGUUAGCCAUUUUGAACAAUUUAUUGAACGUAAGGCAAUGAGUGAAGAGUGAUAUUUCUCGACAGUUUCAUCCGUACAUUGUUAGAUAAUAAUUUCGUAAAGUUUAAUGGCGAUAAGUUUGAAAAGACUGCUUUUGAUAAUGGUAUUCAUAUGUUUCGUACAAUCAUAUGUUUUUUCAAAAACAUUUAAUAGAGGUUACAUUUAAUAUUAGGAAGUUAAGUUGACGAUUGGUCGACGGUCAAAUUGUUUAUAGUUUUCGAUCUUAAAUAAGUAUUUUAGUAAGUUCUUCGAAUCAUUAAAUAUACUCACCAUUUUUUAAAAUAUUUCUGUACACGUAAAUGAUGUCGACCAUGAAUAUUUUUGAUUGCGCAGUAUUUCCCAUUAAUUUAUUAUUUAUUUUGUUAUCCGUGAAAGUAUCAUUUAUCUUUACAUUGAUUUCAUUUGUGUAUAAUUUCGCUCAUAUCUACACUAUGAUUCAAAUAAGCAUGAAAAUAGGCAAGUCCUUUUUGUUACAUGAGAUUUUUUCAAAUCUCAAUUAGAUUCUCAAUUAUUCUGUUCGCUUUUAAGAUACAAGUUACGGCACAAGGGAACUUACCUCGCUGAAAAUUUGUUAUUUUUCAUGCUGAGUGAAUAUAUACGUACAAAAACUCAUAUAUAACGUAAUAUUAGCGGAAUAUAUUCUCACUUCUACAAUAAUACCUGCAUUUGGAUAUUUUAUUCGUUGAAAUAAAAUAUUUAUUACAAAAUCAUGCAGCGAAGUUCGAGAACGUAUUCGAAGCACGUAAUUUGAAUUUUCAUGUUGUAAAAAUUUCUAAGUACGUAAUAUGUGGUGUUGUAACAAUUUCGAUAUUCGUAUUUGCACAAUGAUAUUAGAAUUUUUUUUUUUUAGUAUAAUGUGUCCACAUUUUAUACGAACACGUAAUAAUGUAGAUUUUAUAUAAAACUUCAUAAGUAUCUACGAAAUUUGGUAUUAAGUUAAAGGUUGAAUUGUGCGCGCACGUUUGUGUGUGUGUUGUGUGAAAGAGAAAUAGUUGAUCAUUGCAAAUGUUUUUAAGCGUAUAUAAAUGAUUUAAAAUAAAAUGUGAUAUUUAACUGAAGAAGAGUCCACUUCCUUCGACAAUGUUCUGAAAUCUGCAAUCUCCUAUUUUUUUGAGAUAAACGACUAAUUGUAAGUUAAAUUUAAUUAAGUUCAAUUUGAUUCAGAUUUUUAA